AUGAAAAAAUUAUCAUCUACUCAAUCCAAUAGAAAUGUUCAAGCUGAUGGUCAUAUUUCAUUGUCAACUUAUUCUCAAGAUGUGCGAAGAAAAGUAUCAUUCGCCGAACAAAGUACGUCCCUCUCGAUGAACACUAUCGCGGGUGAUGAACAAAUCGAGCAAAUGUUAGAUCCAUUAGAAAGUGUAAUCAAUACAACUUCAAAUAGCGAGCAUUCUACAUUUCGGUUACAAAUUCCAUUUAUGUCUAACUUUAGAAUCAUUUGGUUAGAUUCAAAUUUCACUAAACUUAAUGCAGAUUUUGAAUACAUGAUCAAUCAACUUCGACAUAUUAUUGAUGUCAUUAAUCCAUUCACGGAUCCCGAAGUAUGCAAGGAUUUCAUCAGAAAAAAAAUCGAUGAAACAAUUUUCUUAAUUGUAUCAAAUGAUGUAGAACAAUCGAUAAUAUGUGAUAUUCAUCAGAUAUCUCAAAUUCAUUGUAUCUUUAUAUUCUGUCAAAAUAAACCGAAGAAGACACGUUGGAUAAAAAAUUGGAAAAAGAUAAUCGGUUUUUUCAUGUGUAUUAACACAAUUUAUGAAAGAAUCAAACAAGAAACUGAACGACAUUGUCGUGAUUCCAGAACCACUAGUAUUUCAAGUGUGGAUUUAAAUCGUUUCGAUACAUCAUUUAUGUAUACAUUGAUUCUUAGAGAGAUACUUUCCGAAAUGAACUACGAUGUUACAGCAAAGAAACAAUUGACUCAAUUCUAUCGAGAAUAUUAUUAUAAUGAUCCGUGGACACAGAAAGACAUUGAUAACUUUAACCAAAAUUACGAGUUACAUACGCCAAUUUGGUGGUACACUAGGUUCCCAUUUCUCUAUGAGAGGCUUAAUGAAGCACUUCGAUUACAAAAGACGAAGACCAUCAUUAAAAUGGGCUUUUUUAUAAAGGAUCUUCACGAUCAAAUUGAACAGUUAUAUAGACCAACGACUGAAAAAAUUACCGUCUAUCGAGGUCAAGGACUGUCGUAUGCACAUUUUAAUCAAUUACGCACAAUAGAAGGUGGUCUAUAUUUUUUCAAUUGUUUCUUAUCAACAACUGCCGAUCGACAAGUGGCUCUUUCACGAGCUGAAAGCUCUUGCUCUAUUGAAGGUUCUGGACAGAUAGGUAUUCUUUUUCAAAUAACCCUAGAUCCAACUGUUGGCACUGCAGCUCCAUUCGCUUCAUUAAAUAAUGUAAGCUUCUACUUUGACAGAGAACAAGAAAUUUUAUUUUCUACACACACAGUAUUUCGAAUCGGUGAAAUAAAAUCAAUUGGAGAUUACUUAUGGCAAGUAGACCUUUUAUUGGUUAGUGACGACGAUGAUGAUUUGAUCAAACGUAUUGAAUACAUGCGAAAUAUGACAUCAGGAACAACAGGAUGGGAUAGACUCAGUAAAUUGUUAUUAAAAAUGGAUAAAUUUGAGGAAGCCAAAGAAGUCUUAGAAGUAUCGCUUGAGAAUUCAAAUGAUAACGAUUUGGAAAGACUUGGCCAUCGUUACCAUCUAAUGGGUCAAAUAGAAAAUAGUCAACACAAUUACAAACAAGCACUUUUCUUCUACGACAAAGCUUCACAAAUUUAUCAAACUCAUUCCAGUUCUAUUCAUUUAGAUAUGUCUGUAAUUUACAAUGAUAUCGGUUCAGUAUAUAAAAACACAGAAGAAUACACAAAAGCACUAGAGUAUUUUCAAAUGGCACUUGAUUAUCAAGAUAAAUCUAAUCCUUUAGCUCAUUCAAAUUUGGUUCUUAUCUAUAAUAAUAUGGCUGAAGUACACAAAGUGAUGAAACAAUAUUCAGAUGCUUUGAAUAUUCUUGAAAAACUUUCGACUACUUAUAAACGAUCAUCAGUUCUUUACGAUUAUCCAACUAUGUCUAUUAUUUAUAUAAGUAAGGCUGAAGUAUAUUUUGAUAUGGGAUCUUAUUCGGAAGCAUUGGAACUAUUUCGAAAAGUAUCUAAUAUGUAUAAAUGUUGUCAUCCACAAAAUUUUAUCGAUAUAGCUAAUGUUUAUAAUCGCAUUGGUGAAAUCUAUCAAAGAUGGGACAAGCAUCUCAAGGCAUUCGCAUACUAUGAACAAUCACUUAAAAAUUAUCAUAUUGCAUUUAAUAUUUUAUUCAAACAAUUACCAAUGAAUGUAUCAAAUUUAGCUAUACUCUAUAGUAAAAUAGCUCAUGUACAUACAAAUAUGAACAAUUAUUCAAUGGCACUUACACUGUAUCAAAAAUCACUUGAAAUCUUAGAAAGAUCUUUCCAGUUCAAACAUCCAGACUUAGCAUCGACAUACGCAAAUAUUGGUCACAUAUAUAAAAAUAUGGGUAAACAUGACAAAGCACUUAUAUCAUACAGACAAGCUAUGAAAAUCGCACGGCAAUCAUUGCCUGAAAAUCAUCGUCAUUUUCUAAUAUAUCAAAAAUAUGUUACGGAAUUUCAACAAACGUUUCAAUGA